AUGUGGAAGGCAUAUUGGAACAUGCUCUCUGUGCGCCCGGUUCGCAGAUUUGGCACCGCAACCCACCUCGCCGCCGCUGCUGCCAGUGCUGCCACUGAGAGUACUACGAGCAAUAAAAGUUUAGUUUCAAGUAACAUUCGAAAACCUAUCCAAUUAGAUGAACCUGCCCUUAUUAAGCUUAAGGCUGAGAGAGACCCAGAAAAGCUGUUCCGUUUAUUCCAGUCUAAUGCCCAUAAUAAGAUUGUGAUUGAGAACCGAUUUGCUUUUGAAGACACGGUGUCUAGGUUAGCUGGGGCACGCCGGUUUGAUUACAUUGAGGAAUUACUUGAGCAUCAGAAGACUCUGCCGCAGGGUCGGCGUGAAGGGUUCAUUGUUCGGAUUAUAAUGUUGUACGGAAAGGCUGGAAUGAGUAAGCAUGCUGUGAAAACAUUCUAUGAUAUGCAUUUGUGUGGUUGUCGUCGAACUGUUAAGUCGUUUAAUGCUGCACUCAAGGUUUUGACGGAAACCCGUGAUUUGGAGGCAAUUGAAUCAUUUCUUAGAGAGGUUCCUUUUAAGUUUGGCAUUGAAUUAGAUAUAUUUUCUGUUAAUAUUGUUAUCAAAUCAUUCUGCGAAAUGGGUAUACCAGAUAAAGCUUACUUGAUUAUGGUAGAGAUGGAAAAAGCGGGAAUAAGACCUGAUGUGGUUACGUAUACGACACUUUUAUCAGCUUUUUAUAAGAUUAAUUGCUGGGAGGUUGGCAAUGGCUUGUGGAAUCUUAUGGUGCUUAAGCAUUGUUUACCCAACCUUGCAACCUUCAAUGUUAGGAUUCAAUUCUUGGUGACUAAUGGACGAGCUUGGGAAGCUAAUAAAUUGAUGGGAAUGAUGCAGCACCUUAGGAUAAAUCCUGAUGAGAUUACAUUUAAUUUGGUGAUCAAAGGCUUUUGCCGUGCUGGUUAUCUUGAAAUGGCCAAAAGGGUUUAUUCUGGUUUACAUGACCAAGGUUACAAGCCCAAUAUCAAAAUUUAUCAGACCAUGAUUCAUUAUCUUUGUAGAGGAGGUGAGUUUGGUGCAGCGUAUACUAUGUGUAAAGACAGCAUGAAGAAGAAUUGGUUUCCCAAUGUGGAUACCAUCUAUAAGCUACUUGAAGGCCUGCGGAAGGAGGGGAAGGUUGAUAAGGCAAUGUUUAUUAUAACUUUGGCUCAGAAAAGGGUACCUCCUUUUCCUGCAGAGCAACUACUGGCCAUGAAUUCUAAAUUGUCAAGGAGUUGA